UCUGCCUGCGCAGGUCGGGUUCAGACAAUUUGCGAUCCAAACGUGUCGAACUCGAACGCACCGCGAAGAAACCUCACAGACGCAGCGUCGUAGCAUCGGGCCUUGGCUGCCGUCGCCCAUCGCCCGUCCUCCCUUCCCCGCGUCACCUCUCCUCGCCGGGCCGGCACGCCGCCCUCCCCCCGCCUCUCCUCGCCUCGCCUCGCCUCGCCGGCUCGCGUCAUCCCUCGCGCCCCCGCGGUCUCUCCAGUUCUGAAGGAAUGGGCCUAUGGACGUUGCUGGAGGGUUUUUUGCUUCUUGCAAAUGCAUUAGCGAUACUGAAUGAAGACCGCUUUCUUGCUCCUAGGGGAUGGAACAUGUCUGAAGUCUCAGGAAAUGGGCAAACGAAGUCGUUGAAGGGCCAGAUCGUGGGGCUUAUCUACGCUACACAGUUUCUGAGGAUGCCCUUGAUAGCUCUUAAUGUUCUUAUCAUUGUUGUGAAAUUGGUGUCAGGCUGAGACUUUUUUCUGGUCUUAGCUGUUGGGUUGGAUUGAUAUGAGUUCCAGCAUUAUGUAAAAGUUAAUUAUACUCAAAGUUGCUGGAAAUAUGUUCAUGUUGACUCUAAUGUGGAUUUCUGUUAUUAUUAUGGUAAAUUAGUUCUGGUCAGAAAAAUAUUUCUGGAACAUUUAUACCAUCAAAGUGUGUUGUGUGCAAGUA